GACCAACUUUAAUCUCCACGUUAGCUCGGGCAGAUUUGUGUCCCGGCUCAACUCCUCGCCAGGACGAUGGCUUCUUCGCCUCAGAAGUCUCCAUCUUCCCCGAAGUCCCCGACUCCCAAAUCCCCGUCUUCCAGAAAGAAAGAUGACUCUUUUCUGGGAAAACUUGGCGGAACUUUGGCGAGAAGGAAAAAAGCUAAAGAAGUGUCUGAGCUUCAGGAGGAGGGGAUCAACGCCAUCAACCUUCCUCUCAGUCCUUCGCACUACGAGCUGGACCCUGAGGACACCAUGCUCGAGGAGAAUGAAGUGCGCACCAUGGUGGAUCCCAACUCCAAGAACGAUCCCAAACUGCAGGAGCUCAUGAAGGUUCUGAUCGACUGGAUAAACGACGUCCUGGUGGGGGAGAGGAUCAUUGUGAAGGAUCUGGCUGAAGAUCUGUACGAUGGGCAAGUUCUGCAGAAGCUGUUUGAAAAGCUGGAGGGGGAGAAACUGAACGUGGCAGAGGUGACCCAGUCGGAGAUCGCUCAGAAGCAGAAGCUGCAGACGGUUUUGGAGCGCAUCAACGACUCGCUCAAACUCUCCACCAGGAACAUCCGCUGGAACGUCGACUCGGUCCAUGCUAAGAGUAUAGUUGCAAUCCUUCACCUGCUGGUGGCGCUGUCGCAGCACUUCAGAGCACCAAUCAGAUUGCCGGACCACGUUUCUAUUCAGGUGGUGGUGGUCCAGAAAAGAGAGGGCAUUCUUCAGUCCAGGCAGAUUCAAGAAGAAAUCACCGGCAACACAGAAGCGUUUUCUGGCAGACAUGAGCGCGAUGCUUUCGACACCCUGUUUGACCACGCUCCAGAUAAGCUGAAUGUUGUCAAAAAGACUUUGAUCACGUUUGUGAACAAACACCUGAACAAACUCAACCUGGAAGUUUCAGAGUUGGAAACUCAGUUUGCAGAUGGGGUUUAUCUGGUGCUGCUGAUGGGUCUGUUGGAAGGAUACUUUGUUCCACUCUACAACUUCUUUCUUACGCCAGAAAACUUUGAUCAAAAGGUUCACAACGUGUCCUUUUCCUUCGAACUGAUGCAAGACGGAGGGCUGGAGAGGCCAAAGCCCCGACCCGAGGAUAUUGUGAACUGUGACCUUAAAUCCACGCUGCGUGUCCUGUAUAACCUCUUCUCCAGGUACAGAAACGUGGACUGAGCUUCAAAGGGAACCCGUUAACACAAACUUAUGAAUGUUUUUAUCUUCUUUUAUAUAUAUUUGUACCCACACGAAUCACAUUUCUCCUUUUAGUUAAUGAAACUCAACACAUUUGUAUUCACUUUAAUUUCUGCAGACAUUUUAUUGGUGUUUUGUUACAAUUGAAGCUUUACAAAAAGCAUUUUGAAGCCAUAAAAGUUAGUUUAUGAUGAGUUAUCGGUUGAUUGUUUAGCAGCAUUUGUUUUCACCCAAAAUGUUUAAAUGUAUUUAUUGUACAUUUUGAUACACUUC